AAGAGAAAGAAAGAAAGAUCAACUCAUAAAAAACUGCUUGAGAGAAAGAGAGUGAGCUCUGCGAAUACAAUCAAAUGGCUUCGAAGCUUGUAGUCAUAAUUGUGUUCAUCCUCGAUCUCAUCGCCGUUGGUUUAGCCAUUGCCGCUGAACAGAGAAGAAGUGUCGGGAAGGUUGUAACGGACACUGAGAAGCAAUAUGAGUACUGUGUGUAUGGCACGGACAUUGCUACAAGCUAUGGAGUUGGUGCCUUCCUUCUCCUCCUUGUUAGCCAAGUCCUUAUUAUGAGUGCUAGCCGUUGCUUCUGCUGUGGGAAGUCUCUUAACCCUGGUGGUUCAAGAGCUUGUGCCCUCCUUCUCUUCCUCAUUUGCUGGGUAUUCUUUCUGGUCGCUGAGGUAUGUUUGCUUGCGGCAUCAAUCAGAAACGCGUACCACACACAAUACAGAAGAAUGUGGAACAUUGAUAACCCACCGAGCUGUGAAGUUAUAAGGAGAGGUGUGUUUGCAGCUGGUGCUGCGUUUACUCUCUUCACCGCCAUCGUCUCUCAAUUCUACUACGUUUGCUACUCUCGUGCUAGAGAUGCUUACCAGAAUCCUUCCUACUAA